AUGUUUAGUAGUUCCGCUAGCAAGGAUGUGUGUUUCGGAGUUGGCCCCAAGGAACGACAUGAACGAUCCGGAGAGGAGUUGGGAGUCCGCAUUGAUCGUAUUUGGUUACCCAUUCAGGACCCAUCCGUGCCAAAUCUUCGCCCGUUAAGCACCUCGUGUCUUCACAAAUCCAGUAUUGCAUCUGGUGUGAUCUUUAAAAGAGGAAAUUCGAUUGGGUGGACCGCUGGCCCUCCCAUCCGCACAAUUUGCCCCUCCAUUCAGCCUUCGCGAGCAGACGCCCAAGAGCGAAUAAUCCUCGCGCGAGCCGCCAUCCUCUCCGAGGGUACCGCCGACGUCUUCAAGCGGCACCCGAUCGCUCCAAUGAAAACCCCAGCACAUCAAUGA